AUGUCUCUCAACCUAAAUCCUCGGCGGGUCAAGAUUCUAUAUCUUGCAUCAUGCGAAGGAGAAAGCCUUGUUCCGUUGCUGAGGCGUGAGCUUCCCGCGCUUGUUGAAGUAUGGCAUCCAGAGACAUAUCUAGACUUCGAAGAUAUCGUCAACCACUGUUUGGCAUAUGAUGCCAUCGUGACGGGCCCAGGGCCUCACCACCGAGCUGUAGGAGGCAUUAUAUUCCAUCUUUGGCGUGUUGAGAAGCCACUCCUCGGAUUUGGUAAAAGCUUUCACCCCUUCGUUAUCCUGCAUGGCGGCGAAUCGGAGCUCUUUGCGGACCCAGUACCUCGCACGAGAACAAUAUUUAAGCAUUCCGCAACCGAUAUCUUCACGAACAUCAAGGAGUUUGCGAUGACGAUCACACAAACGGCUUCGGAUGCCAAAAUACGACACCCGAUGGAAGAGCCGGAUGCAGAUACCGACCACCCCGAGCGCUGGGAGCCGAGCAGUCAAUGCCCAAACCUUGUUCCUCUUGCGUGGUGUCCAUUGCCAGAAAGCAACAGUUCAAAGUUGAUGGCCGCCCGCCACAAGUCGAAACCUCUUUGGGCCGUCCAACUUUGCAUAGAAACCUCUAAAUCUUGGAAAAUUGUGGAUUCUAUUUUGAAAAACUGGUGGGAAGCUGUCAAGCCGCAUAUCAGUCUAUGUCCGACCGGAAUGUUUGUGGACACGAGGAAGAACAAGGUUGCUCGUGGGCUACGCAAGUGGUGCGCCCCGUUUAACAAGGUGUUAUACCGGGUCAUGAAGCUCGAAAAUCUAGAAUCUGAAUCGAUAUGUGAAGUGAUGGGUGUGCCAAAUUCGCAAAACUUUCUUAUCAAAACUCCGAGAUAUAGUAUUAUCCCUGUGGUUAGCGACGGAUCGUGGACGCUCGAAUAUUCCGUCAUGGGAGGCGUUGCACUUGUUAGAAAAGCCGCACAGCCCAAAUCCGGCCCCGUGCAGGAAGACGCGUGGGACGCUAUUGGCGUUGAGAUUUUCGAUGCUCUGAGAUUCGUUAUAGACCGAAGUAAGGCCACCGGUGGCCAUCCAGAAAUACCAUUUUGGGGCGGCUUCUUGGGAUUUUUCUCGUACGAAAUGUGCAUUGACAAAUGGGAAAUCAACGUCAAGCCCACUCACGAUGAGGAAUACGACGCGGUUUUCUUGUGGACAGAGAGAAGCAUAGUAAUCAACAAUGAAACGGGAGAGAUCUUCAUUCAGUCCAUUCGCAGGUCAGAUGACGAAUGGCUCGAUUCAACGGCGCGCCGACUCGUGGAGUUUUCAAAGCAUCCAGGUUUAAACAACAUUCUCUUCAAACUUACGGGAACUUCGCAAACACCUGCAGAGAGAGCGAACAAUAUCCUCCGGAUGAAGUACUCUCAGGAUGAAUUGACAAACAUGGUGGUGGAACACUCGGAAAUUGUAACUCCCAAUAAGGCCCGGUACACUCAAAAAAUCUCACGAUGCAAGCAAUAUCUUGAGGCUAGCAACCCCGGCGAACUUCAUCUGGCCGACCAGACAGUGAUCAAGCUACCAGCCUGUAAGGAUGACGGGUGGUUAAAGCUGCGGGCCUGGAUAUUGUACAAACAGCUCGCUAAGUUGGCUCCGGGCCCUUAUAGUGCAUAUGUUGGUCUGGAAAAGGUCAGGGUCAUCAGCAGCUCCCUCGAGAGACACAUUCAGUGGGAUAGAGCCCAUAAAGUGGAAGUGAAACCCGCAGAAUCUAGUGGAGCAAAGGCUGAUGAUCCUCAUCUCAAAGCCCUCAGCGACUCAUUUGAAAGACUCACAACGGCUGUAGCUUCAGAUCACGAAAACAUAAACCAGCAGCGGGGAAAUGGAGCGCGGAAAGGAGGUUCAGGAAGAUCAAACGACAACACUGGUUCCCAUGUCUACAGCAGAGAAAUCGGGUCAAAAGAUGGCAAAGACUGA